UUGUUGCAACAGGUUCUGCCUGCCAUACUGCAGAAGCAUUGCUGUAUUUUACCUGACAGGAACACAGAGUCACAGUGUACACUCUGUGGGGAGCCUGAAGAAGAAGAGGGUGGCGAUCUGCUCAAGUCGAGCUUCAGUUUUCCAGGGACGCCAGAGGAGGAGCUAGACCAGCAGUACUCAUGGUCACCUUCUCCGCACUUCAAUGAAGAAAGAUACUCUCCUGCUUCGAGGAAUAUGAAAGGAUUAUCUGGUAGUCGCAAUCAACCACAGUUAUGUUCAGCUCAUACCUGUGGCUUAGCAUCUCCUGAAGAUUGUGAACAUACCCACGACCAUAUUCACCAUGGGCAGGAGCCAAGGCAAUCGUAUCUUCUCAGCCCCACGGAGAGUUGCCCGAUGGACCACCAUCGUUGCUCGCCACGCAGCUCCAUUCAUUCUGAAUGCAUGAUGAUGCCCAUGGUAAUGGGCGAUCACAUGUCAAGUAGCACUUUUCCCAGAAUGCACUACAGCUCACAUUACGACUCCAGAGACGACUGCGCCAUGUCUCACGGUAACCCUAAGAUUAACCGUAUUCCUGCAAACCUUUUGGACCAAUUUGAGAAACAGCUUCCUCUUCACCGGGAUGGGUUUCACACUUUACAAUACCAGAGGACCUCAACAGCUGCGGAACAACGCAGUGAGAGCCCGGGAAGAAUACGCCAUCUCGUUCAUUCAGUCCAGAAACUUUUUACUAAAUCUCAUUCUCUGGAAGGAUCAUCCAAGGGCAACGUUAAUGGAACAAAGGGAGACAGUCGAGGGGACGACCAUCAUCAUGGGCACCAUUCCAAGCACAGCAAAAGGAGUAAAAGUAAGGAGCGAAAACCAGAAAGCAAGCAUAAAUCUGGAAUGAGCAGCUGGUGGAGCUCUGAUGAUAAUUUGGACAGUGAUAGCACUUACCGUACCCCUAGUGUGGUAAAUAGGCACCAUGCAGAUCAUAUAUCCCAUUGCUAUCCUGAGGCACUCCAGGGGCAUUUCGGGGAUCUCUCAUUGAAGACUUCCAAAAGUAACAAUGAUGUGAAGUGUUCAGCUUGUGAAGGGCUAGCUAUGACCCCUGAUGGUAAAUAUAUGAAAAGGAGUUCUUGGUCCACGCUUACAGUAAGUCAGGCUAAAGAAGCGUAUCGCAAAUCAUCACUGAACUUAGAUAAGCCUCUGGUUCAUCAGGAAAUCAAACCUUCCUUGAGGCCAUGCCAUUACCUUCAGGUACCUCAGGAUGAAUGGGGAGGAUACCCAGCUGGUGGGAAAGAUGAAGAGAUCCCCUGCAGAAGAAUGAGAAGUGGGAGCUAUAUUAAGGCCAUGGGAGAUGAAGAAAGUGGAGACUCUGAUACUAGUCCCAAGACAUCACCAAAAUUAACAGUUCGACCAGAGUCAUUAUUAAAAUCCAUUGGACAAAGACCACUGGGAGAUCAUCAAAAUCAGAGCUACCUUCAAACUGCAAGUGACGUGCCUGGGGGUCACAACCUGGAUCCCUCUGCAAACUACAAUUCCCCAAAGUUUCGCUCAAGGAAUCAGAGCUAUAUGAGAGCAGUGAGCACGCUCAGUCAGGCCAGCUGUGUUAGUCAGAUGAGUGAAGCAGAGGUUAAUGGGCAAUUUGAAUCGGUGUGUGAAUCAGUGUUUAGUGAAGUUGAAGCUCAGGCAAUGGAUGCCCUUGACCUCCCUGGAUGUUUCCGAACAAGAAGCCACAGUUACUUGCGUGCCAUUCAGGCAGGCUAUUCCCAAGAUGAUGAAUGUAUACCUGCGAUGGCAUCUUCCAACAUCACCUCAACUAUCAGGUCAACCACAGCUGUAACUUACACAAGCUACAAAAAAACACCACCACCGGUACCCCCUCGUACCACUUCCAAGCCACUGAUAUCAGUCACAGCACAGAGCAGCACAGAAUCCACCCAGGAUGCAUAUCAUGACAGCCAGACUCAGAGGAUUUCCCCAUGGCAGCAGGACGGGCGAGGGAUGUACAACUCCACUGACAGUUUGGACAGUAACAAGGCCAUGAAUCUUGCCUUGGAAACUGCAGCUGCGCAGCGCCAUGCGUCCGAGAGCCAGAGCACCUCGAUACGAACCAGUGACAAGGCCAUUUUGGUGUCAAAAGCAGAGGAGUUUCUUAAGAGUCGACGUUCCUCUAUAGGGAUCCAGGUGGAAACAGCAACUGAUUCAGAUACUGAAAGCAGAGGCCUACGGGAAUACCACUCUGUUGGAGUACAAGUGGAAGAUGAAAAAAGGCACGGACGAUUCAAGCGCUCAAACAGCGUAACAGCAGCUGUCCAGGCUGAUCUGGAACUGGAGGGCUUUCCAGGACAUAUUACCAUGGAGGACAAGGGACUUCAGUUUGGCUCCUCAUUCCAGCAGCACUCAGAGCCCAGCACACCCACUCAAUACAGUGCAGUGAGAACUGUACGGACGCAGGGACUAUUCAGUUACAGAGAAGAUUAUAGGACCCCAGUUGACACCUCUAACCUUCCACCACCAGAACCCUGGCUAGAGCCUGCCAUUGAGACAGUAGAGACCGGUAGGAUGUCUCCUUGUCGACGGGAUGGAUCUUGGUUUAUGAAGUUGCUGCAUACUGAAACUAAGAGAAUGGAAGGAUGGUGUAAAGAAAUGGAAAGAGAAGCAGAAGAAAAUGAUCUUUCUGAAGAAAUCCUAGGUAAGAUCCGCAGUGCUGUUGGAAGUGCUCAGCUCCUCAUGUCUCAGAAAUUCCAGCAAUUUUAUUGGCUUUGUCAGCAAAAUCUGGACCCGAGUGCCAUGCCGAGGCCAACUUCCCAGGACCUAGCAGGUUUCUGGGAUUUAUUGCAGCUCUCAAUUGAAGACGUCAGCAUGAAGUUUGAUGAACUGCACCACUUGAAACUCAAUGAAUGGAAAAUAAUAGAAUCACCUGAAAGGAAGGAAGAAAGAAAGGUUCCUCCUCCUGUACCAAAGAAGCCCCCAAAAGGAAAAUUCCCUAUCACAAGAGAAAAAUCUCUGGACCUACCGGACAGACAGCGACAAGAAGCUAGAAGGCGGCUAAUGGCUGCUAAGAGAGCAGCCUCUUUCCGGCAGAAUUCAGCCACAGAGCGUGCAGACAGCAUUGAGAUAUAUAUCCCAGAGGCUCAAACCCGGCUUUAA